AUGACCUACACUAUAGAAGAAAUCUCCGAUCGCCUUGAGAUCAUGGACAUGUUUGCACGGUAUGUGCACGCAGUGGAUGAGAAGGUUGUUGAGCCGCUCGAACGCAUCUUUUUGCCCGAGACAGUAUUUGACUGGACCGCAUCUGGCGGUGUACGCACCACCUGGGCAGAGGCAAAAAGGGGCGACUUUAUAACUGGCAAGCUAUUCCCGUACGUCUUUCACAUAUGCACGAACAUUCAGAUCACUUUCGACCACGAUCAUCAGGGCGCGACGGUGAAGUCGAAGACUCUCCAUCCUACCGGGCUCAAUGGCGUCGACGGCAAUCCACUUCUGUUCCAGGUCCAGGGUGUUUAUGUUGACCGGCUCACGAAGACGGCCGAGGGUUGGCGCAUCAGUCAGCGUGUCUGGAAAGACUUUUGGGCCGUCGGGCCAAUCCCAUUGAUUGAUGGCAUCGGGGGAAUGCUUAAUGCUGCCGGAAAGGGCAAGGUCUCUGGCUAA